GAUACUAUACGCACCUCUCUCACUGCGGCUCCACACGUCACUCGGCCAAUCGCCUCUUUACGGGGGUUUUCUAUCAUGGCGUCUAUGCAGAAACGAUUACAGAAAGAACUGAUGGCAUUACAAAGUGAUCCACCACCAGGCAUGACACUAAAUGAAAAAAGUGUGCAAAACACAAUCACGGAGUGGUUUAUAGAUAUGGAGGGGGCUUCUGGCACUCUCUAUGAGGGCGAGAAGUUUCAGCUGCUCUUUAAAUUCAGUGGUAGAUAUCCCUUUGACUCACCUCAGGUAAUGUUUACUGGAGAGAAUAUACCGGUCCAUCCACAUGUCUAUAGCAACGGUCACAUCUGUUUAUCUAUUUUAACGGAGGACUGGUCACCGGCUCUGUCUGUGCAGUCUGUUUGUUUAAGCAUUAUUAGCAUGCUGUCUAGCUGCAAAGAAAAGCGACGUCCUCCAGAUAAUUCAUUUUAUGUAAAGACGUGUAAUAAAAAUCCAAAGAAAACAAAGUGGUGGUAUCAUGAUGAUACAUGCUAGUAUCCAAGUGUACCAUUGUAUUACAUUAAACAAACAGACUUUCAAGAUACAUCAAGUAUUUUUGAAGUCAUUGGAUAAAGACUGAACCAGCAGACCCUGGCGAUUUGUGUAUGAAUUGGGCAUACACUUAACUGUAUGCUGACUGGAGAAAGUGCAUAAAAGCUGCAAGAAUGUAACCCACCCAGCAAGCAUAUUUUGAUGGAAUCAAGAUAAGGAGCACAUUUUUUUCCCAAUUUUGUUAUGUUGGAUUCAUGUCGUUUUGUUCUUUUUCAUAAAUCUUUAAGGGAUUUCACUGUUUGUGCAAUAAUAACUUCAGCUUGGGUUUGAAAUAAACGAAAGGUCGGUGCAAAUCAGACAAAUAACUACUGUAAUGGAUCAGUCGAAACGUCUGUGUUUGCCUCGAUUGGUAAUGCACUGUGGACUUCAAACAGGGCAUAAUUUUAAUGAAUAUUGUAACCAUAGUUUCGUUUACAAGAAAAGCCAUUUAGUUGAAUAUUGUAGUUGGGUAUGAUGUAUAGUACUAUUUUGGUAAAUGUACAAUUUAUGAAUAUGUACAGAUUUGAUGCAGGGUGAUAAUAUCACGUGAUCAUAUAAUGCUUUAUGGGACAAGAUUUAAGCACUGUUUUUGUAGACAGACAAAUUUUGUGUAGUAUAAACAAAGAGAAACUUUAAACAUAAUCACUUUACGUUUCUCUAUCCAGCUAUAUUAAAAUCGUCUGUUUGAUUUAAUGGUUAUAUAUAUUCUGCGCUGGGAAAGAUUCUUUUAAAAAGAUUACGUUUCCCUACACUUAGCUUUAGAAAACUUUUCUUCAUGGUUUUGUUUUGUUUUGACUUUAUUUAACAUUAUUUAAAAAAUGUUCUUAUUAAAGUAAUAUAUUUUGAAAUGC